CAUGCCUCUAGUGACCUUUGAGCAUACUGUCAUCUUGUAACCCGGGUGCACCCCAGUGCACCUUAGGACUCCAGUGCACCCCAAAGUAUCAUGUGUCAUCAAGUGACUCCAUGCAUCCCUUUGCACCCUGUGACACUUGUCAUCUAUGGCCACCCAGGGGCGGACUGACCAUUUGGAAACUCGGGCACUGCCCGAGGGCCCGGGGUCAGUAAGGGGCCCAAUGAGAUGCCCCUGGUACCUUUUUCAUAGGCUUUUUUUGAGUUUGGGCAAGGACACAGGGGCCCCAUGAUCCCCUAUUGCCCAGGGGCCCCAUGA